AUGGCAACUCCGCCGAUGGAGCCGGUGCUGGUGCGGGACUCGAAUAUUCAAGCGCUGUGCGACGUGGGGUCGCCGUGGAGGAGCCAGUGGAAGCUGUUUUGGCGGCAGGGCGAAGGAGCUGAAAAGGGAGGGAGAGGGUGGGUGCAGGUGGAGAGGAGCGAGUGGGACGUGUUUGAAUGUGCUAAGCGGCCGAGAGAAUGUAGCAGAGUGGCUUUGCGAGUGGGGGAGGGGGAGGGCCAGGGUGGAGGGGGGACGGGGAAUAACAAGGUGAAGGUGUUUGGAGGGGAGGGGAGGGUUUGGUUUUCGGGGAAGAGGGUGAAAGGGAAGAUGGCAAUGUGGGAGGAGGAAGGAGGGGAAGAGGAGGAAGAGGAAGGUGAACUCGGAGGGAAGUGGAGGUGGGUGGAGGGUGUUCCGGGCUAUGGGGAGGGGGUUUAUCGGGGGUUUGUGUAUAAUGCUGGGCUUACUGAAAUUCCUUGAUGAAUUUGGCGUGUCGGAUUGUGUGGCACUAGGAAAGAGGGGGCCGAUAAAAGAGCAUCUAUCUAUCUAUCUGAACUAUAGCUCUAGCUGCUUCGUGGAUAUCAUCAAUGCAUAAUUCUGCUGCUAGCAAAGAAUCAUCAUAGGAUUUAUUGGAUUGGGUCACUGACUAUAUUAGAAGAUGUUGCUUCUGAGUUGAUUGCGCGUUGAUUUCACCGAAAGCCAUGUUUCUGCGAGUUAUGAAUAUAUGUGAUUGAUUUUGAAGUUCCAUUUAGUGUGUGUUACUUUGUGAAUCAUUAUGAUGAAAAUAUUGUGCAUAAAAUGCUCAAUUACGCAGCUGAGUAAAAUUGUAGUACUAUCAACCAAAAUGUAAUUGGUAACGCGCAACGCUGUUUUUUACUCUCUCUAAACGCAUAUUUCCUUCUGUGUUUUCCCCCA